AUCUCUGGCUGCUGCUGGAGUGGCACAACAACUUCUACCUCUAUCUACUCUUUCUUCCAACAUCUCUUUCUCUUCAGUUGGUCUGAUCUUUUGAACAGAGUUGGAGGCUGUAGAUCGCCCAUUUGAGAUUCACGCCGUCGUCGGCGACCACUGCUCACUACUACUUCCAACUUUGUCUACAACAACAGCUUCAAGAACAAGCAAGCAAUAUCAACAACACCCGAAUCAACCACCUUGAAAAGUUGAAAAAUAGAUUGCUAGCCAAGCAAAAGAGAGGUUGUUUGCUUCAUGUGCUCAUCCUUGUGACCAAAGUUGUGCAGUGAUUUCAGUCUUCAUCAUCUCAUACUACGUGCAUAAAAGGAGUCAAAUGAAGAUCGUUCCUUCGCCCUGAAGGGAAGUUGACAAUCCGUGGCUGAAAUGCCCAUGAUGACACAUCAAAGCAGCCCUGGCAGCAGCAACAGCAGUAGCAUCCUCAACCAUCUAACCUGAGAUUGAAUCCCAGCACGAAAAAAUACCAUGAUGAGAAUGAAGCGAUUGAGGAAGAAUUCCAUAUUCUGCUGGAGCAAACCCUCCCGUUUCAAGGAUCGAGGAGGCAGUGCCAGCCGAAUGGUGAAAUUUUGGUGUGGCACGAACCACAAGCUUGAGCCAAAAACUAGUGCAAGUGUGAUUUGUGUUCUAAUCGCUCUUCUCGGGAGUGGAGCUCUGCCCAAGACAGAUGCUUCAAGUCUUCAAGGGCCACGGUUCAUCACACCUCCAUCAGCGGCUUCAGGAUCCAUUGUUGGCGAGGGAAGAACCAAGAUUCUACAAUGUCAAGCUUUGGGAUUUCCUCAACCGGAAUAUCGUUGGAUGAAAGAUGGAUCUUUCCUGUCUGACUACACUCCAGAGCAUUUUUACAAAAUCCAAUCGAUUUCCAAGAAGGAUGCAGGGAAUUACCAAUGCUAUGCCAAAAAUGAGGUUGGGGUGAUUGUUUCGGAAAAAGUUCCCAUCACCGUGGCCUUUAUGGCUCCAUUCGAAGAUGAUCAAACCGAGGACGUUCAAGUGAAAGCCGGUCAUGCGGCUGUCUUUGACUUACCACCCAUUGCGAGUGUUCCUGCUCCUUCUGUGACUUGGCAAGCUGAGGAUGAUUCUCUGUUGUAUGGAACAAAGUACGCCACCACCGAAGACAACAAGUUUGUGAUCCUCAGUGUGGAUAGCUCGGAUGAGAAGCGAUAUCGGGCACGAGCGACCAACACUCAAUUGGGACAGGAAGAAUCGUCCACAUUUAUGUAUUUGGAAGUGUUUGGCGACGAGGUGGAUGUGGAUGUUCCGCCGGAAAUAAUCAUUCCACCCAAAGACAUGACCAUUGUCAAGGGCACUCCCGUUUCGAGUCUUCAGUGCAUUGCCAAUGCCAAGCCAUUAUUCGAGUUGGAGCUGAUUUGGUUAAAGGACGGUGUUCCCAUCGAGAACUCUGGCGUGGCCUUCAAUUUCAAUGAUCUCUGGAACCGAACCUUGAGCUUGAUCCAGGCUGACUUUAGCCAUGCUGGAAUUUACACAUGCCAAGUGCGUAUGAAGACUGGGGGUCCCAAGCUCACCAAGGACGCCAAACUGGAGAUAUUGGAAAAUCCCACAUUCGCGCAAAGGCUUCCCUACGAAACCCAAGGUGAAUUUGGAAAGGCUCUCACACUGCCAUGCGAUAUCCAAGGCCAACCUCAGCCAGAAGUGAAAUGGCUGAGGAAUGGCGUGCCUUUGAGUGAAACGCCCAAUCUCCGAGUAAGCGAGAUGAGCAACAACUCGAUUCAUAUCAAUUUCAUGCGAUUGGAGGAUAGUGGCAUGUUCCAAUGUACCGGGGAGAACCAAGCUGGAACCAUCACUGGCUACACCUGGCUCAAAGUCAAGACUUCGUCGCCGAUUAUGGUCAAUGGACCCACUAAUAUGACUGCCAUCGAUGGCAAAGAUGCCACAAUCCCUUGUGAAGCAGAAGGGGCCCCAACUCCCAAUAUUACGUGGUAUCUUAACGACGGACAGAUUUCGUUUUCUGGUCGCAUCCAAAUCCUCGAAGAUGGGAGCCUUCUCUUAGCUAAGGUCAGAUCCACGGAUGCUGGCAAGUACACGUGUAUUCGAACCAAUGAAGCGGGUUCAGCCACGGGGGAAGCGUGGGUCUCGGUUAUGGUUCGCACCCAGAUUGUCCAACCUCCAGUGGACACGAAAGUCAUCUUAGGGCACGUGGCCACGAUGGCGUGCAAAGUAUCGGCAGAUACUAAUGUUUUGUUCGACAUCAAAUGGUUCCAUGAGGGUAGACUGAUUAAUGACGAGGCCUCGCACCGAAUUGAGAUCAUGGAGGAUGGAACCUUGAGAAUAGCUGAGGCUCGAGCCAGCGACGCGGGCGAAUACACUUGCGAAGUGGAUUCUCCAGGGGGAAAUGAUCGUCACUCAUCCAAUUUGGAUGUCAUUGAGUUGCCCUACGCUCCAACGAGUGUUUUAGCAGAGCGAGUUAGCAGUGGGCCCAAGACGGUGAACGUGUCUUGGACGCCAGGCUUCGAUGGCAAUAGCCCAAUUAUCAAAUAUAUUCUGCAAUACCGCUACGUUCCACAAAAGGGCACGGUCCCUAAAGAUGACAUGAAUUGGAUCACAACCUUGGCCAACAUAUCUGCCAGUUCCCGCAGUGUUCUCUUAUCGAACUUGCGUUCCUCAGCCGCUUACAUCUACCGGGUGUCUGCUGUGAACUCCGUGGGCGAGGGGCCCCAAUCAGCUCCAUCUGAGCGAGUGGUUCUACCCCAAGAGCCACCGUCAGGUCCACCUAGAGGUCUGGUCGGAAGUGCCCGAUCAGAAGCCGAGAUCAUGAUCCAGUGGCAACCUCCGAGCGAGGAGGCUCAAAACGGAGACAUUUUGGGCUACAUCGUGCGAUAUCGCCUUUUCGGCUACCAUGAAUCGCCUUGGUCCUACCGAAACAUCACUAAGCAUCUUCAACGAACAUAUCUGGUCACAGAACUUAUCACGUGGAAAGACUACGAGGUCCAGAUUGCUGCUUAUAACAGUAAAGGCGUGGGCUCUUACUCGUCGGCUAUCAAGGUGAAAACUCGAGAGGGCGUGCCUAGUGCUCCACCCACCGGGGUUCGCGCCCAGGCUGUCGAUUCCACGGUGGUUAGAGUCUGGUGGUACCCUCCAGACCCUCAAAAGAUCAAUGGCAUCAACCAAGGCUACAAGUUGCAAGCCUGGCGUGAAAGCAACUCAAUCAAUCCCGUGGCUUCGGUUUCGGUCGCUCCUGAUGUGCUGAAUCCACUCAGUGAACAAUCCUCCGUAAUUGAUGGAUUGAAACCUUGGACGGCCUACAACAUCACCGUUCUCUGUUUCACCAGUCCUGGCGACGGGGUUCGCUCCCCUCACGAGCUGGUUCGGACGCAUCAAGAUUUUCCCGGUCCAGUAAGUAAUCUUCGCUUUGAGGACAUCACGGAUCGAGGGGUGAGAAUGAUGUGGGAACUGCCGAGUGAGCCCAAUGGGAUCAUAACUGGCUUCACCAUUCGAUACAUGGUGAAGGAUAUGAUUCAUACUCUGGUGGAGAGGAACCUCACGGCCGAAGAUAUGCAAUUCAAGUUGAACAAUCUGAAGCCGACCACUCACUACACGUUUGAAGUUUACGCCCUAACGGAAGUGGGACGAGGCAAGGCCAAUGUGGCCACUAUUCAGUCUGGCGUGGAGCCAGUGCUGCCAUUGCCUCCUUUGAGGUUGGCGGUCUCCAACAUCGAGCCAUUCUCCGUUGUGUUGCAAUUUACGCCCGGCUUCGACGGGAACUCUUCGAUCACCAAAUGGACCAUUCAGGCCUUGAGUGCCCGGAACGCGACUUGGACCACGAUUUAUGAGUUGCCCGCCGAGCCUGAUUCUAAAGCAAUUACUGUCAAGAACUUGAUUCCUUACAUGGAGUACCAGUUGAGAUUGGUGGCCAACAAUGUCGUAGGACCCUCUGAACCCUCUGAGCCUACGCGUCAGUUCCAAACAAUUCAAGCUCCUCCCAAACACCCGCCUCUUAAUGUGACAAUUAGAGCCAUGUCCGCCACCGAGUUACGGGUCCGUUGGAUCCCAUUGUCCCAGGGUGAAUGGUACGGGAUUCCUCGAGGCUACAACAUCUCCUAUCGCAUUUUGACAGACACUUCUCAAUUAAAUUCAUUGUCCAUCGAGGAUCCAACAAAGAAUUCUUUUGUCAUUGACGGCUUGGAGGAGUUCACGCUUUACGAAGUGUUGCUGCAGGCCUACAACGAUUUGGGCUCUUCAGAUCCCUCCCCAGUGGUGCUGGCUCGCACACGAGAGGCAGCUCCAGGCGAUGGGCCCUCAGACAUUUCAGUGGAGGCCACAUCCUCGACCACCAUUUUGGUCAAGUGGGGGGACGUGGCGAAGAAACACCGAAACGGAAUCAUCGAAGGCUUCAAAGUCUACUAUGGAGCCAAAAGUGUUCCAUUCAAGUACAAAUUGAUCGAAGGGAAUGCCACAAAGCAGACCACCUUGACUGAGCUGAAAAAGUACACGAAAUACGCCAUUCAAGUUCUCGCUUAUACUCGAGUAGGCGAUGGUAUUUUGAGUUCUCCUCCGUUACAAGAACGUACUUACGAGGACGUGCCAGGGCCACCCUCGAAUGUCUCCUUCCCCGACGUGAGCUUCACGACGGCUCGAGUCAUUUGGGAUAUGCCUUCAGAGCCCAAUGGUGAGAUCAAGAAAUAUCGGGUCAGCUAUCGACUGCAGAAACCAGAGUCUGAGAACUUUACGCGAGAAUUUCUCCCCACUGACCGCACCUUCCGUGCUAUCAAUCUCGAACCAAUGUCCUACUAUGAGUUUGAGGUCACGGCCAAGACAAAUUUGGGCUGGGGAUACGCUGGUAAAGGGUUAGUCUUUACCACCAACAAUAGGGAGGCUCCCAAUCCUCCCUCGGCUCCUCAAAUCUCGCAGAGCCAGGUUCAAGACCGAGAAAUUACCUUUAGUUGGAAUCCGGGUCGGGAUGGGUAUGCUCCAUUCAGACAUUACGUGGUUCAGUUUUCUGAGAACGGGGCCGGUUGGCAGACGGUCCCUGAAUUAGUGGACCCAACAACUACAACCUACACCGUCAAGGAUCUUCAGCCAUUUACAACGUACAAGUUCAGGUUACAAGCUGUCAAUGAUAUUGGUCCAAGUGGGUGGUCCAAGGAAUCUAAUAUAACCCAGACCAAGCCGGCCGCUCCUAGAAUUCCAGUAGAGAACUUGAAGGUCACGCCCAUCACCCGAACCAAUGUGAAGGUGGAGUGGACGCCUCUCAAUCCCGAAGAUUUCAAUGGCGAUGCGAAAUCUGGUGGCUACCAGGUGGAAUACCGCGAAAUCAACGAUUACCCAAUCCCACUACAAUCUGCACCACGUGUGGAACUGAAAGGAGCGAGUAUGAACAAAGUCAUCCUAGAAGACUUGGGGAUUGGCAAGAACUAUGAAAUCAUCGUGAAGCCCAUCAACAGCCAAGGCCAGGGACCCCCCUCGAGGCCGGUUCCAGUUUACGUAGGUGAAGCUGUUCCAACGGGAGCACCUCGAAAUAUCAAGGCCGAGGCUUUGUCUCCAACGGAAGUUCGUCUCUCGUGGACAGCUCCUGAGGCUGACCAACAAAACGGAGAUCUCUUGGGUUACAAGAUCUUCUACUUCUCCUUACCGGCCAACUCAAGAAACUCUGAGGAGAUUGAAGUCGUUUCGGCCUCUCACACAUCCCAUUCUCUGAUCUUCCUCGACAUGUACACCAAUUAUUCAAUUUCAAUUUUGGCCUUCAACCCCGCGGGUGAAGGACCCAGAUCAAAAUCUGUGUCUGCACGAACCCUGCAAGGGAUCCCUGGACCGCCAAGCAACUUGAAGUUCUCCGAAAUUACCAUGAAUACCUUGAAAGUGAGUUGGGAUCCACCCGAGAAACCAAAUGGCGAAAUCCUCGGUUAUAUCGUCACCUACGAAACAGCCGAACAGGAUGAGAACUAUUCCAAACAAGUGAAGCAACGGGUUUCCGAGCGUUUCUUGUUCGUCCACAAUUUGGAAGAAUCCGUGACUUACACGUUCUUUGUUCGCGCUCAGACCAUUGAUUAUGGGCCUCCAAUGUCCGGCAAUGUGACCACUGGCCCUCAAAAGGGUUCACCAAGUCGACCCCGAGAACUGGCCUUAAGCAAGACCCUGAGUGGGAUCAAGCUGAGCUGGACCAAUGGUAACUCCGGAAAAGGACCCAUCCUCGGCUAUUACAUUGAAUCUCGACGCAAAGCCACGGAGGAUUGGCAGAUCUAUGAAGACAAGUGGAAAACUGAGACCAAGACGGAAAAUGGUGCGGUUCAAGAGUAUUCGGUUCCAUAUCAAAACCUCAUCCCAACCACCAGCUACUCUUUCCGUGUGAUUGCCUACAACAAAUACGGAAUCUCGAUGCCUGCCAAGUCAGCUGACGCGAUAACGACACCCUCGAAACGCUAUUUGGAAUUUGGCUACCUCCAAACGAAGCCUUUCUAUCGGGAGCCGUGGUUUUUGGUGGCUUUGGCAGCCGCCUCGAUUGUCAUUAUCAUCAUGAUCGUCGCCAUUCUUUGCGUCAAGAGCAAGACCUACAAGUACAAAGUAGUGAGGGUGAUUCGAUUAAGAUCGGGUCAGGAUCAAGCUAAACAGCAGCGUUUGGACGAGAACGUGAGCUUGGAGGAGCCUAAUUAUGCGACGUUCGAAAUGCGCCAAUCUCGACGUGGGACUCUCAAAUCCCAGAGGGGAACUAUGAGGUCCACGACGAGUCGGAAAACCAACCACACCACCGCAACCUCGAAUAAUUUCGCUAUGAUCAACGGUGCGCGGAUCCCGCCUAGACCGACACCAUCUUUAGUCAGGUAUUCCGACGAGGACGACUCGGCCCGCGGCUACGACGAGAAUCCGGAUGAUUCGGAUUCCCUCACCGAGAAGCCAUCGGAGAUCUCGUCAACGGACUCUCAGGGUACCGAGAGUGAACAAGAGAGUACAAAUGGGUCGGAUCCCCACUCGUUCGUCAAUCAUUAUGCCAAUGUCAAUUCCACCUUGCGUCAAAGUUGGAAGAAAUCAAAAACUGCCGUGGCCGUUCCGCCACCGAGGGCCGGGUCCACUUUGGGGACGUUGCCCAGUCGCUCUCAGGCGGGCACGUUGCGAAGUGGGGCGACUGGACGAGAUGUCUCCACGCCCCAGGUGCCUCCUCAGUCGUCUUCCUCUCACAAUCUCCAGUCCUCCACAUACCAAAGUAACAACCCAAGAGGCUAUUCCAGUUUCACGGAGAGUGACCAGGACGCGUCCAGCGCUGUGGUCAGUCUCAAUGGCACUCAGAUUGUGAUGAACAAUAUGGCCAGGUCCAGAGCACCUCUGCCGGGUUUCUCGUCCUUCGUUUGAAGAACCCUCCUGCUCAUUGCAACCGAAUGUCGAAAUGAACCUCGUGAGCGGUUGUGAUUCCGUUGGCGGCCUUCGGAUACCCACCUCCGAUCACCACCUACUCGGAUCACCUACCAUCCCAAAUCGAUAGUUUUCCCGACGAAUGACGACAUCAACAAUAUUACUGCUAUUACUCUUGAUUCCACUGUGAUUUAACCUAGGGCUGUGUUACUAUCGUACUCUUUUUUGUAUUUACCGGCGACCACGUGUCUUUGAUAGUCGGUUUCUCGUUUCAUUUGCCAUGAACACGAUUGGCAUGGCAGUCGGUCAUCUAGCUGACUCUUGAAUUGUGCAACAUGUUUUGCUCGAACUAUUAUUAUUCUCCUUUGGCUUUGUUUCAUUUGUUUCGGCUGUGCAUCUCCAACAUUUCACAUACAAACACGCAACUCGCAACUCUUUCGCUCCAAGUUUCCAAUGUUUGAUCCACUGGCUCUGUCAAGUAAGAGAAUGGAACUCAAAUCUAGAUUGGAUGAGCCAUGGCUGCGCUUUUUGGCAAGUCUACAUCUUUCUGACCUCAUCAUCGGCUUCCCAACUCCGUCCGAGCUUUGACGGUGUUCGUUGCCCACACAAACAAAUGCUAACGACAACAAACGAACGAAAGAUGGCCGUACCAAGACUAAUAUUAGAUCCAUAUGUAUGGAACAGUACCCUAGACUUGCUUGAUCUCCUCACCCGCGCCAUGAAGAAUAUGAAUGAAGACAAACCAAGUAAUAUCAACGAAUGCUUCUCGGAAGAAUGCCAAAGUGCCCCAUCAAAAAACUAUGAUCGGGGGAACGCCUCACUGCAUGUAACUAUUUCUACAUGUACCAUUAUCAUCAACAUCACAUUGCUCGUUUGAAUAUUUGCAUUUGAAUACUGGCUAUAAAGAAUUGAUAAAUGA